AUGACGCCUGAUCCCAAAACAGAUGACACGCCCGAUCAGCAACCGCAAGAAGUGCCCCAUACAAUCCUCACCAAACGCGAGAAGUCAUUCAUGACGUUCCUGCUGUCUCUUAUCGGUGUUGCAUCUGCCAUGAGCAUGCCUAUUUACUGGGUUGCACUGACAGAAAUGAAGAAAAAGUUUGGGGUCACUGAGGAGCAGAUCAAUCUCACCGUCGUGGCGUACUUGAUCCUGCAAUCGGUGUCGCCAGUGUUCUUCUCUACUGCAACAGACUAUGUCGGAAGACGGCCGGUGGUGCUGGUGUGCCUAUUGGGCGGUCUCGCAAUAAACAUCGCUCUGGCUGUCUCAAACGCAUACUGGAUGAUCAUUCUUUUCCGCUGUCUGUUGGCCUCCUUUGUCUCGCCGCUGAUCAGCAUCGACUCCUCCAUCGUCAGCGACUUUACCACCAGAAGGGACCGCGGUGGCUACAACGGAACAGUGAACGGGUUUCUCCUGGUGGGCCAAGGUUUCUCGCCCUUUUUCGGUGCUCUGGUCGACAGCGGGUGGGACUGGAGAGCCAUCUUCUACUUCUGCGCCAUAAUCGACGGCGUGCUUCUGGUUGUUGCAUUCAUCUGCCUUCCUGAGACGAAACGGAGCAUCGUCGGAAACAUGUCCGUCAGACCGGACCACUGGUACCACCGGGCCCCUAUACUGCUCUAUUUUGGCAACAGACUGUCUGAUACAUCAAAAAGCACUGUUGAGCACGUCGAUCUUCCUACGUACAAUCCGCUUAGAACAGUCAUGAUCGUCAAGUAUCCACAAGUGUCCAUGGUCCUAAUUCCCAGCUCUCUGAUAUUUGCCACAUGGACCAUCUCGCAAGCAUCGUUUUCCACAGAGCUCUCUGAGUCCUACGGAUUCUCGACCCUGAAAAUAGGUAUCUGCUUUUUUGCUCCCGGAGUGGCUACAGUUCUUGGAGCUAUCAUUAGCGGCAGGGUUUUAGACUUCGCCUACAACAACCUUCGCCGGAAACACAUCCAGUCCGAGAGCGCCCAGCCACUCAACAUCAUCAAGGCAAGAGUGCAGUACUUUUUCAUUCCGUCGCUCGUCUGUGCAGCUGCCUCUGUGGUGUUUGGCUGGUGCUUCCAGAAAAAAGAAAACGUGGCCGUCAUCCUUGUCAUGUCGUUUCUGAUCACUUUCUCGACCAUGUUCCCGAUGAACGCUGUUCCCACGCUGCUGAUAGAUAUGUUCCCGGGACAGUCUGGUUCUGUUGCGUCGCUCAAUAACUUGGGACGCUGUGGCAUGGCUACCAUCUUCAUGGCAUGUCUGUCCAGAAUGGGCAAGGCCAUGAAUUUGGGCGGUACCUACACGCUUAUGGCGGGAUUAAUAAUGCUUGGAAACAUCUCCGUGUAUGCUCUUUUGGCAAGAAGCUCUAAAAUUCUCGCAGAUGUUGAGAGACGCAAACAGGAGCUGGACGAUAAAUAA